GCGGCUCCCGCUGCUGCUGACCGCGCCGGACGCCGCGGCUGUGGGACUGGGCGGCCCCGGCCGGCCGCUGGGACGCCGGCGCCGAGGACGCCGCAGCAUGAGGCGGAGAUUAACGUGACAGUGUCAGGUGGACCCACAGCCAUCCCACCGCCCGCUGUGGGGAGAGCUGAGAGUGGGGCAGCAUGGAGGAGAGGAAGCAUGAGACCAUGAACCCAGCUCAUGUCCUCUUCGACCGGUUUGUCCAGGCCACCACCUGUAAGGGAACCCUUAAGGCCUUCCAGGAGCUCUGUGACCAUCUGGAACUGAAGCCAAAGGACUAUCGCUCCUUCUAUCACAAGCUCAAGUCCAAGCUUAACUACUGGAAAGCCAAAGCCCUCUGGGCAAAGUUGGACAAACGGGGCAGUCACAAAGACUACAAGAAGGGAAAAGCAUGCACUAACACCAAGUGUCUCAUCAUUGGGGCCGGCCCCUGUGGUCUCCGCACAGCCAUCGACUUAUCCUUACUGGGGGCCAAGGUGGUUGUUAUUGAGAAACGAGACGCCUUCUCCCGCAACAACGUCUUACAUCUCUGGCCAUUCACCAUACAUGAUCUUCGAGGUCUGGGUGCCAAGAAGUUCUAUGGCAAGUUCUGUGCCGGAGCCAUCGACCAUAUCAGUAUCCGUCAGCUCCAACUGAUACUGUUGAAAGUAGCCUUGAUCCUAGGCAUUGAAAUCCACGUCAAUGUGGAAUUCCAAGGACUUAUCCAGCCUCCUGAGGACCAGGAGAAUGAACGGAUAGGCUGGCGGGCACUGGUGCACCCCAAAACUCAUCCUGUGUCGGAGUAUGAAUUUGAAGUGAUCAUCGGUGGGGAUGGUCGGAGGAACACCUUGGAAGGGUUUCGUCGGAAAGAAUUCCGUGGCAAACUGGCCAUCGCCAUCACAGCAAAUUUUAUCAACCGAAAUACAACAGCAGAGGCCAAAGUGGAAGAAAUUAGUGGUGUGGCUUUUAUAUUCAACCAGAAAUUCUUCCAAGAACUGAGGGAAGCCACAGGUAUUGACUUGGAGAACAUCGUUUACUACAAAGACGACACACACUAUUUUGUUAUGACGGCCAAAAAGCAGAGUUUACUGGACAAAGGAGUGAUACUGCAUGACUAUGCCGACACAGAGCUCCUGCUUUCCCGGGAGAACGUGGACCAGGAGGCUCUGCUCAGCUAUGCCAGGGAGGCGGCAGACUUCUCCACCCAGCAGCAGCUGCCCUCUCUGGAUUUUGCCAUCAAUCACUAUGGGCAGCCCGAUGUGGCCAUGUUUGACUUCACUUGUAUGUAUGCCUCCGAGAACGCUGCCUUGGUCCGGGAGCAGAACGGACACCAGUUACUAGUGGCUCUGGUCGGGGACAGCCUCCUAGAGCCUUUCUGGCCCAUGGGAACAGGAAUAGCCCGGGGCUUUCUAGCUGCUAUGGACUCUGCCUGGAUGGUCCGAAGUUGGUCUCUAGGAACAAGCCCUUUGGAAGUGCUGGCGGAGAGGGAGAGUAUUUAUAGGUUGCUGCCUCAGACUACCCCUGAAAAUGUGAGUAAGAACUUCAGCCAAUAUAGUAUCGACCCAGUCACUCGGUAUCCCAAUAUCAACGUCAACUUCCUCCGGCCAAGCCAGGUACGCCAUUUGUAUGAUACUGGCGAAACAAAAGAUAUUCACCUGGAAAUGGAGAGCCUGGCGAAUUCCCGAACCACCCCCAAGUUGACUCGCAAUGAGUCUGUAGCUCGUUCAAGCAAACUGCUGGGUUGGUGCCAGAGGCAGACAGAUGGCUAUGCAGGAGUAAACGUGACAGAUCUCACCAUGUCUUGGAAAAGUGGCUUGGCCCUUUGUGCAAUUAUCCACAGAUACCGCCCUGACCUGAUAGAUUUUGAUUCUUUGGAUGAGCAAAAUGUGGAGAAGAAUAACCAACUGGCCUUUGACAUUGCUGAGAAGGAAUUGGGCAUUUCUCCCAUCAUGACAGGCAAAGAAAUGGCCUCCGUCGGGGAGCCUGAUAAGUUGUCCAUGGUGAUGUACCUGACUCAGUUCUACGAGAUGUUUAAGGACUCCCUACCCUCUAGCGACACUUUGGACCUGAAUGCCGAGGAGAAAGCAGUCCUGAUAGCCAGCACCAGAUCCCCUAUCUCCUUCCUCAGCAAGCUGGGCCAGACCAUCUCCCGGAAGCGUUCUCCCAAGGAUAAAAAGGAAAAGGACUUGGAUGGUGCUGGUAAGAGGAGAAAGACCAGUCAGUCGGAGGAGGAGGAAGCUCCCCGGGGCCACAGGGGAGAAAGACCGAGCCUGGUGAGCACUCUGACGGACAGGAGGAUGGACGCUGCCCUUGGGAACCAGAACAAAGUGAAGUACAUGGCAACCCAGCUGCUGGCCAAAUUUGAGGAGAAUGCGCCCGCCCAGUCCGUCGGCGUCCGGAGACAGCUGACACAAGAGCGUGGGGCCAGCCAGCCGUCCUGCUGCCUGCCUGGGCAGGGUCGCCCUGCCCCCACACCCCAGUGGAAACAGCCACGGGAAAAGGAGUAUUCUCGGACCUGCCCCAAAAAAGUGAUCACCCUGUCUCCUCCCCCUACUCCACCUCCCUGUGGGGCGCGUGGCGGCCAGCAGACAUACAGGGAUCUUGAUGCUGACAGCCGUGGCAAGCAGAGCCCCCACCAUGAGAGGCCAGAGCCUGAACCUCCUCGUCGAUUUUUUGUCGACCAGUGGGAGCUUUCUCUUAGUCUCCGCUCCUCCGCCCGCCCUGCCUCUCCCUCCUCCGACUCCCUCCGACAGAAGUACAUAAAGAUGUACACGGGCGGAGUGAGCUCAUUGGCUGAGCAGAUAGCCAAUCAGCUUCAAAGGAAAGAGCGGCCCAAAGCCCUUCUAGACAAGAAGGAACUGGGCUCCAUGAAGAAGGAGUUCCCGCAGAACCUGGGAGGCAGCGACACGUGCUACUUCUGCCAGAAGCGGGUCUACGUGAUGGAGAGGCUGAGUGCCGAGGGCAAGUUCUUCCAUCGGAGCUGCUUCAAGUGCGAGUACUGCGCCACCACCCUGCGCCUCUCAGCCUACGCCUACGACAUCGAGGACGGUAAAUUCUACUGUAAGCCACACUACUGCUAUCGGCUUUCUGGCUACGCACAGAGGAAGAGACCAGCGGUGGCUCCCCUGUCUGGACAGGAGGCCAAAGGACCCCUGCAGGAUGGCCUCACCACAGACGCAACCGGACGGGCCAGCGCGGUGGCCAGCUCGACUGAGAGAACCCCAGGUUCAGGCGUGAACGGCCUGGAGGAGCCCAGCAUCGCCAAGCGGCUGAGGGGCACCCCGGAGCGGAUCGAGCUGGAGAACUACCGCCUGUCCCUGAAGCAGGCCGAGGCGCUGCAGGAGGUGCCCGAGGAGACGCAGGCCGAGCACAACCUGAGCAGUGUGCUGGACACGGGUGCCGAGGAGGACAUCGCCAGCAGCAGUUCCGAGUCUGAGAUGGAGGAGGAAGAGGAGGAGGAGGAGGAGGAGGAGGAGGCUUGCCUGCCCCCCUCUGACUUGGGCGGCGUUCCGUGGAAGGAGGCUGUGCGGAUCCACGCCCUUCUGAAAGGGAAGAGUGAAGAGGAGUUAGAGGCCUCGAAAAGCUUUGGGCCUGGGAAUGAAGAGGAGGAGGAGGAAGAGGAGGAGGAGGAGGACGACUAUGACGAGGAGGAGGAGGAGUCCAGUGAAGUGCCCGACCUUCCCUCCAUACGCCGCGCGGCGGUGCAGGCCUGGCUGGAGACGGUCUCCGGAGCCCCGUUGGAUGAGAAUGACCUAGAAGAUGUGGACUCGGAACCAGCCGAGAUAGAAGGGGAGGCAGCAGAAGACGGGGACCCAGGGGACACUGGUGCUGAGCUGGAUGAUGAUCAGCACUGGGCUGACAGCCCUUCGGAGGCUGACAGAGAGCCACAUCUGCCGCGCCCGGCCGAGCGGGAGGAGCCGGAGCCGAGGGCCCCAGAAGAUGAGGAGAAGCCCAUCUCACCGAAGCAACACGACAGAGGUCCCUCCCAAGCCACCAGCCCCAUCCGGUCCCCUCAGGAAUCAGCUCUUCUGUUCACUCCAGUCCACAGCCCCAAAACAGAGGGGCCCCGACUCCCACCUGUUCCUGCCGCCACCCAGGAGAAACCACCUGAGAAGCGCUUUUUCCCUGAGCCUUUGCUUCCCAAAGAGAAGUCCAAAGCUGACGCCCCCUCAGAUCCCAGAGCUGUGCACUCUCCCAUCCGAUCACAGCCAGUGGCCCUGCCGGAAGCCAGGACUCCUGCCUCACCAGGGAGCCCGCAGCCCCAGCCACCCCUGGUGGCCUCCACACCCCCACCCAGCCCGCUCCCCAUCUGCUCCCAGCCCCAGCCUUCCACUGAGGCCACCAUCCCGUCCCCUACCCAGUCCCCCAUUCGCUUCCAGCCUGUCCCAGCCAAAGCAUCCACCCCACUGGCCCCUCUCCCUAUCCAAAGCCAAGGUGACCCUAAGGACAGACUGGGCAGCCCCCUUGCUGUGGACGAGGCCCUCAGACGGAGCGACCUGGUGGAGGAGUUCUGGAUGAAGAGCGCGGAGAUCCGCCGCAGCCUGGGGCUCACCCCUGUGGACCGCAGCAAGGGGCCCCAACCCAGCUUCCCCACGCCUGCCUUCAGGCCAGCGUCCCUCAAGUCCUAUUCUGUUGAAAAGUCCCCCCAGGAUGAGGGACUCCACCUCCUCAAGCCUCUGCCUGUCCCCAAAAGAACGGGCCUGCCAAAGCUAGAGGGUGAGCUCCUGUCCCUGCCGCCACCCCGGUCCCCGUCUGACAGAGAGCUACGCAGUGCUCAGGAGGAGCGCAGGGAGCUGUCCAGCAGCUCUGGCCUGGGCCUGCACGGGAGCUCCUCCAACAUGAAGACACUGGGCAGCCAGAGCUUCAACACCUCGGACUCCGCCAUGCUCACGCCCCCCUCCAGCCCACCCCCACCCCCACCCCAAGGUGAGGAACCCGCCACCCUGCGGAAGAAGCUCAGGGAGGCCGAAGCCAACACCUCGGUGGUCCCACCGCCCUCGCCUGCCACGUGGAUGAGGCCCCCCCGGGAGCCCGCCCAGCCCCACAGAGAGGAAGUGCGGAAAUCUUUCGUGGAGAGCGUGGAGGAGAUCCCCUUCGCUGACGACGUGGAAGACACCUACGACGACAAGACUGAGGACUCGAGUCUGCAGGAGAAGUUCUUCACGCCCCCCUCCUGCUGGCCGCACCCCGAGAAGCCUCCCCACCCAUCUGUGGCCAAGGAGAACGGGAGGCUGCCUGCUCUGGAGGGGGCGCGGCAGCCACAGAAGAGGGGUCUGCCCUUGGUCUCCGCUGAAGCCAAGGAGCUGGCCGAGGAGCGCAUGCGAGCCAGGGAGAAGUCUGUGAAGAGCCAGGCGCUGAGGGACGCCAUGGCCAGGCAGCUGAGCAGGAUGCAGCAGAUGGAGCUGGCCACCGGCGCCCCCAGGCCACGCAAGGCGUCCUCGGCAGCCUCCCAGGGCAAGGAGCGCCGGCCUGACUCCCCCGCCUGCCCCCCUCUCAGGGGCACUGAGGAGCGCACCCCGAAGCAUGAAGCCACCAGCGAGGAGGUCCUCUCCGCGCCGUCGGACUCGGGGGGCGCAGAUGGCUCCUUCACUUCAUCCGAGGGCUCCAGUGGGAAGAGCAAGAAGAGGUCGUCGCUCUUCUCCCCCCGCAGAAAUAAGAAGGAGAAGAAGUCCAAGGGUGAGGCCCGGCCCCCGGAAAAGCCCGGCCCCAGCGUCCCGGAGGAAGCCGCCACCAAACCCAAGUCCCUGUGGAAGUCGGUCUUCUCCGGGUACAAGAGGGACAAGAAGAAGAAGGCCGACGACAGGUCCUGCCCCAGCACCCCGUCCAGCGGGGCCACGGUGGACUCCGGCAAGCACAGGGCACUGCCCGUCGUGAGGGCAGAGCUGCAGCUCCGGCGCCAGCCGAGCUUCUCGGAGGACUCGGACCUCUCCAGCGACGAUGUCCUUGACAGGUCGUCGCAGAAGUCCCGGCGAGAGGUGCGUAGUCAGUCGAUUUAUGUACCACACGCCUUGGCAUUCAGGAGAUCAUAUGCAUCAAAGCCAAGAACCUACACAGAGGAGGAACUGAACGCCAAGCUGACCCGGCGUGUGCAGAAAGCGGCUCGGAGACAGGCCAAGCAGGAGGAGCUUAAGCGGCUGCAUCGAGCCCAGAUCAUCCAGCGGCAGCUGCAGCAGGUGGAGGAGAGGCAGCGGCGGCUGGAGGAGAGGGGCGUGGCCGUGGAGAAGGCGCUCCGGGGCGAAGCAGACUAUUGGGGAGAGUCUUAUUACAGUGACCUCAUCGACUUGCAUCUGGGUGUUGAGCCCAGUGGCGGGACUCCGCGGCGUAGACCUCUCUCCUUCUGCCCUUGCUGUGUCCAGGAAGGCAUGGGCAAGAAGGACGACCCCAAGCUGAUGCAGGAGUGGUUCAAGCUCGUGCAGGAGAAGAACGCCAUGGUGCGCUACGAGUCAGAGCUGAUGAUCUUUGCCCGGGAGCUGGAGCUGGAAGACCGACAGAGCCGACUACAGCAGGAGCUCCGGGAGCGCAUGGCAGUGGAAGAUCACCUUAAGACCGAGGAGGAACUGUCAGAAGAGAAGCAGAUUCUCAAUGAGAUGCUGGAGGUGGUGGAGCAGAGAGACUCACUGGUGGCGCUGCUGGAGGAGCAGCGGCUCCGGGAGAGAGCGGAGGACAAGGAUCUGGAGGCCGCCAUGCUGUCCAAGGGCUUCAGCCUGAACUGGUCCUGAGCUCCCACCCAGCGCUCCGUUUGCCGUUGGCAUCCGCCUGGCCGGUCAGUGGCCUCCAAACCACCUGGAGACGCAAUCUGAGGAGGCCUGGCACCUCCUUGGAGUUGACGCUCAGUGCCGUGUGCUGCUUGGAAAGUGGCCGAGUCCCGUGAGCGGUGGGAAGCCCCAGGUGACGGUGGUUAUCUGAGACGGCUCCACCUCCUGGGAGGAGGCCCACCUGGACCUCCCGCUCGGGGGAGGAGCACAGCCUGCGUGGCCUGACGCAGGGGACCCCACACGCUCCGAGGGCGCGCUGCUGUGCCCCUUUCUUCCACUGGCACAUUUGGUAAGAGAGGGAAGCUGCUCCCAUCAGAACCACAGCCUGCUGCCACAGCAUGGGAGGGGCACUGUCUUCUUCCUGCUUCCUGGAGCGCCACCAAAGAAAUGAAGCGAUACGCCACGAGAGCAGGGUGCGAUCGAGACCCAGGAUGGGGAGGUCACCAGCUGUGCCCACCCCAGCAUCACAGGAGACAUGGAGGUGCAUGCAGGCUCCGGGAUUGACUAUGCAAAUUAGGAGGCUGCAGGAGAGGUCUGCCACCCGGCCCAGCACCACGCUGGACCCCAGGUGGCCAAAUGCUGGUGCCUCUGGCUGGCUGUGGCCUGAGGCCUGUGGGUUGCUGCAUUUCGCUUGUAGUUCACAACCAUUCUGACACUGGAAAAUGCUGACCUCGGGGGACAGGGUGAGGCCCUCCGUUCUAAGCCCCCGUUGGCAGGCAGCCACUGUCCCUGCUCCACACUCUGUGUCGGGGAGGAGAUGACCUUUUCCUCGGUUUUUUCUCCCGUCUUUGCACAUUGAGAUGAAGCUGACGACCUGGCAGGACGCUCCGCCGCUUCGGACCCCUUCUUUCAAUUAACUUAUUUUUUUAAUACUUGAAAAGAA